AAAAAUAUUAUAAUUUGAGAGGCCGUGCAUAUUCUUUUCUUGCGAAACAGUAACCUCCUUUUGACAUACCCUCAGACGAUCUCAAAUACUCAACAACACCAAAUUCAAAAGUCUGUAUGAAAUAAUGGAUCAAGAGACAGCAAAUGUUCUUUUUGAAAAAGGAUCUUGUCUCCUUUUUCUGAAUGCCCCACCCAAUCUUGAGUUUGGCAUUGACUACAACGCUUGGACAAUCGGACCCUUAUUUAAAGGAGUGAAAAUGAUCCCACCAGGACUCCACUUUGUAUAUUUUUCCGCGACAAGCAAAGAGGGAGUACAGGGUAUACGAACGGGCUUUUUCCAUUAUUUCGAGUCAAAGGAGAUCCUUGUCCGUGAAUGGAACCCACAGACAGAAGACCUACGUGACGAAACCGAACUGGAUCCAGAUCAGGUGGAGCGGUAUAAAAUCAACAUACGCGAUUUUGACCGGAAUAUGGGACCCUAUCCUCUGGACCCACCAAUAUUCUACGACCGAUGGAGAAAGCUGACAAAUUACAUAACCUCGGGUCUGGUACGUCGAGUGCUGCCCAACAACGGCAAGGUUUCACAUCUUCCAAGCCAAACAAUGCAAGAGGAGGAUCCUUUGACCGUCAAAGACAAACGGUUGGGAAAGUCAGUUGAAAAGGAAGAAGGGAUGGAGUUCACGCUUUUUGAUGUGCGACAAUCCUUUCCAGAAGGAGCUACAGGUGAUGAGGUGACGCGAUGGAGUCUUGAUAAAUCAUGGCUGGCACGAGAUUUGUUGAGACGCGUAUACGGCAACAGUCAUAAGGUCAUGCUUGGUGAAAUACAACUCGCCUUUGUGUGCCUGUUGAUGGCUCAAAACUUUUCUGGCUUCAACCAGUGGAAGCAGUUCGUGCAUUUACUAUGCAGCUGUCCGGAUCUCAUGGAGUCCGAUCCCAACCUAUUCAUCGAUUUCAUCGAUGUUCUGCAAAUACAGUUGGAUGAAUGCCCGGAAGACUUUUUCCGGGACAUCCUCUCUGAAAAUAACUUUGUCGCUCAUAUGUUGCAGAACUUGGGACGAGACAUUUUGCCACAGCAAGAAGGAUUGAAAGCAAGGUUCGACAAACUACGACUAUUUCUUUCCCAUCGAUUCAAAUGGGAUCUUCCAGAACUCGACGACGACGAGGAUGACGAGGAUGCACCCGUGGUGGUAGAAAUGGAUUAGAAUGAGUGUGGUUUGGAUAAAUACAGGA